GGAGGGAAGUGACCAACUGAUUAAUUGAUUAACAGAAAGAAAGAGGGGAAAAGCCCAGCACCAUGAGUGCACUCUGCCAAAGACGAGUUCCAGAACAACAUAAUUGGCCUCGAAAAUUGUCAAAAUCAGAGAGGCCGAGUCGAGCACUGCUGGCUGCAGAGAGAAUUUCACCAUUUUAUAAAACAGUGGGGUCUCAAGCACGGAGCCACGGAGGGAACCAGAGCCAUGGAGCAGAAUUUCCCAGUUGGGUAGUUUUCCAAAAAAAAAAAAAACACGGCCCAACAAGAGCAGUUUUUUGUUUUGUUUGUUGUUUUAUCACUAAUGCUUGGCUCCGAGAGGAGACUCGAACCCAGAGCUCUGAACAUACGUCACACGCCUGAUCUCUUCAUGGGAUUGAAUAAAUGCUACUGUCCUCGUGCAGCUGAAGCCGAGAGCCAUGGGGUGGCACAGUGUUUCCAAUUGUUGCCUGAGUGCAGGAAGGUGACAGGUUCAGAUCCCAUGGUCCUCUGAAGGGCCUUUGAUGUGGAGUUUUUUACCACUAUACCACCGAGUCUUGACUCAGUGACAGGAUGCUGAACACUGUGUUCUUCACCGUCUCUGGUGAUGUCACUGGUUCAAAUCUCACUGCUGUGUGAGUCGCUGCUUUUCCUUCUCCACUUAGAUUAUGAGCAGACUUUGAGAAUCAUUCAGAUGCCUGGAGGGAAUGGACGCUGUGACGGGCUGUCACUGACGCCAGAUGUGUCAACACUCAGAGAGGAAAGGCUAAAAUACUCGGCUGCAGCUUUGAAUUCCAGAGCAUGUGCUGCUGCAAAGCCUUUAAUAAAAAAAAACAAAACAAAACAAAAAAAAAACAACACAGCAUAUUUUAUUGAACUCAAUCUCAGUGCAUCAUCAUCUGCAGGGCUAAAGGCAGAGGCCGGCUAUCAAUAACAACCUUAAUUAACACAGCCCUUCAAUUAUUUAUCUCCAUCAGUAAAGUCAGUAAACACAGUUCCUUUGAGGUCACUGUCGUCAGGACGCAGCAGAGAAGACAGACAAUGAGGACGGAAGACAGACCAGAGACCAGAGACACACUGGUCCCUGUCGGCCUGUGACUUAUUAUUGGAAUAUACAUAUACAUAUAUAUACAUAUAUAUACUUAAGGGGUCCAUUGUCAUAUCUUUUCAUGGGGCCCAGAAUCCCUAGCAGCAGCCCUGCCUGCAGAAAUGACAUCUGUCUGAGUACUUUUUGACCGAGCCUGGUAUUUCUGGAGGUCAACGUUGUAUUUGCUGGAUUUCAUCAGUGAAACUAGUUGGUCCUCACAAUAAUAUGUGAAAAAUAACUAUAAACAAAAAAUGUACAAAAAAUAUAUAGAUGUUGAACACAGAGAUGAAACUUUAGCGCCGCGUCCUGCUUCAUGAUUUCCAAAGAGGAAAACGUUGUCAAACAGUUCAUUUGCCUCUGGUUUCAAAUGUCUAAAUUCACUCUACAGUCUUUUGUGCUGCUGCUCCAACAGUCACUGAUGCUCCAGAAUCUGAGGAAACCUACUGGGACAGAUGUGUGUGUGUGUGUGUAAGUAAAUGAGCUGGGGAUAACAUAUCUCUACCCGAUCACUAUCUUCUAUUAUCACGUGUUAACAGAGGAGGAGGAGGAGGAGGCGAUAAUGGAGAGGAAGGUGUAGAUGUUGGAGGCCGGGUCAGGCCUGUUCUGAUUGAUGCGCACACCGACCAAUCCGCUGCCUUAAUUUGCCUGAGCCUCCGAGGUAGUCGGCCGGGAUUGGAGGAAAGCUUUGGAGGAGAGAGGGUAAAAAAAAAAAAAAAUCCACGCACACGCACUGGGCUUGUCCUCUCCUGGCCGCACGCACGCUCACGCACGCACACGCCUGAAACACGCACGGAAGGGGCAGUGAAGAGAGAGAGAGAGAGUGAGUGAGUGAGGGAGAGAGAGCGCAGCGGCUCUCGGAGAACCGCGCACAGUCCAGAGGAUGAGAGCGGCGCAGGCAGAGGAAACUGGGAGACACGGAGAGGAGGAGCAGGGGAGGAUAUGAUGUUGAUGACCGGAGGAGGACGGGGAUGAGAAGGUGCAAACUCAAACAACUCGUGCGUCUUUUUCGUACUUGAACCGGCUGACAUGUCCGCUCCCAGGAGCGCAGGAAGUUCAGAAUGGCUUUGUGGAUUAACCUGUACGUUUGGUUGAACCGACCAGAAGAUCACUUCCUACUUUGAAGCUUCUCACAAACUGCAGAAUUCCAGAAUGUAAAGGUUUCUCGGAGGAGCUACAGGAACUACACUUUUCCUGGUUUGGAUUUAGACCCGUCUUUUACUUGUGCCUGCAGCGCCGUCCAGUGGUAGUGGUUGGAGUCCUGCGGCGUUGGUGGGUUUGAUCCCCCCCACCGUGGAAUAACCCGAGGAUAACUUUACAAAAACCUCCGUGCCACCAUGAGGAUAUCUACCACCUCCUGUCUCUGCCCCUUUCUGGUCUGCCUCUGCUUCCUCCAGAGAAGCUCUGGUGCCAGUCACCAUGUUCCUGCCAAAGGGGCCUCCAAGAACCAGACCAAACUGGCCAACGGGGAGACGGAGGUGCACCACAGACCGAAACGUGGCUGGAUCUGGAACCAGUUCUUCGUUUUAGAAGAACACAUGGGACCAGAGGCUCAGUACGUUGGAAAGCUUCACUCAAACUCAGAUAAAGGCGACGGAUCCGUCAGGUACAUCCUGAGUGGAGAAGGAGCCGGAACUAUUUUUAUCAUCGACGAGGUGACUGGAGAUAUUCAUGCCACUAAGAGUCUGGACCGGGAGAGGAAGACGCAUUACGUUCUGCAUGCACAAGCCCUGGAUCGCAACACAGAGGAUGCUCUGGAGCCAAAGUCAGAGUUUAUCAUCAAAGUGCAGGACAUCAACGACAACCCUCCCAAAUUUCCAAAUGGUCCCUUCGCAGCUACGGUACCGGAGAUGUCUGAUCUGGGCACAUCUGUGCUCCAAGUCACUGCGACCGACGCCGACGACCCCACCUAUGGAAACAGUGCCAGAAUAGUCUACAGUAUUCUUCAAGGACAGCCUUAUUUCUCUGUGGAUCCCAAAACAGGGAUCAUCAGGACCGCCUUACCCGACAUGGACCGGGAGGCCAGAGAACACUAUAUGGUUGUCAUCCAGGCCAAAGACAUGGCAGGUCAGGUCGGAGGUCUCUCUGGUUCCACCACCGUCAACAUCACUCUGACCGACGUCAACGACAACCCCCCCAAGUUUCCUCAAAAGAAUUACCAGCUCUACGUUCCUGAAUCCGCUCAAGUCGGAAAACCAGUGGGAAAAAUCAAAGCAAACGACGAGGACAUCGGCGUCAAUGCAGACAUCAAGUACAGCAUCAUUAACUCAGAGGGAGCCAACACGUUUUCCAUAUCCACGGACAGGGACACCAGGGAGGGAGUCAUCAGCCUCAGAAAGCCUCUGAACUAUGAGAGGAAGAAGAGCUACACUCUCCAAAUUGAAGGCACGAACACUCACACGGACCCUCGGUUCUCCUACCUGGGAUCGUUUAAAGACACGGCCACCCUUAAAAUAACAGUGGGCGACGUGGACGAGGCCCCGGUCUUUUCUAUGGAUUAUUACAUCAUGGAUGUUUAUGAGAACGCACCCAGUGGCACAGAGGUGGGGGCAGUGACAGCUCGGGAUCCUGACGGCAGGAACAGCCCUGUCAGGUAUUUCAUGACAACCAAAGAUGAGGACAAGAGGCUCUUCAGGAUCGAUGCGAGCACUGGAGUGGUGCAGACCACGCAGCCCCUGGACAGGGAGGACAUGCCUUGGCAUAACAUCACUGUGAUGGCCUCGGAGGUUGACAACCACGACCUGUUCAGUCACGUCCCUGUUACGGUCCAGGUCCUGGACGUCAACGACAAUCCUCCAGAAAUAGCUGCGGACGAGGAGCUCAUUGUUUGUGAGAGCUCCAGGGCAGGACAGAUCAUCCAGACCAUCUCGGCCGUGGACAAGGACGACUUUGCCAACGGACAGCGGUUUUCCUUUGCUCUGCCGACGCAGCUGCCUGUUAAUCCCAACUUCACCCUAAAGGACAAUGAAGACAGCACAGCCAGCAUCUUCACGAGGCACCGGCACUUUAACCACCUGACCCAGGAACUGUACGAGCUGCCCAUCGUGGUGUGGGACGGUGGAGAACCAUCACUGACUGGAACCAGCACCUUGACUCUGAAGGUUUGCCCCUGUCAGCGUUACGGCCGGAUCAGGACCUGCCAGAGUGAAGCCUUCCUCACCUCGGCAGGUCUCAGCACCGGGGCUCUGAUCGCCAUCCUCCUGUGCAUUGUCAUUCUACUGGCCAUCGUGGUUCUCUUCAUCACGCUGCGGCGGAGUAAAAAAGAACCCCUCAUCAUCUCCGAAGAGGACGUCAGAGAGAACGUGGUCACCUACGACGACGAGGGCGGAGGAGAGGAGGACACCGAAGCCUUUGACAUCAUCGCCUUACGUAACCCUGCCGCCGCAGAGGAGCUCAAGUUCCGCCGGGACGUUCGCCCGGACAUGCGACAACACUACGGGCUGCCCCGCAGCUGCAGGAGUCCAUCGCUGGAGGUGGACGAGGGGGACGUGUACGAGUACAUCAAGCAGAGACUGGACGAGGCCGACAUGGACACCAGCGUGCCGCCCUACGACUCUCUGCAGACUUAUGCGUUCGAAGGUCAGGGUUCACCCACGGGAACCAUCAGUCCCUUAGACUCUCCCGCCGUCCAAUCAGAGCAGGAUUAUAAGUACCUGGACGACUGUGGACCCGAGUUCCAGAAACUGGCAGAAAUCUACGCAGAGUCAGAGUCUGACGUGAAAACCUAG